GCGCCUUCUAAUUGAGCAGCUCCGCUCGUUAACGUUAGAAUUGCCGCGUGCUGCAAAGCCGUUGGGCACGACUGCCUUUUCCUCCCUUCGGCUCUUGCUUACGAAGAGCCAACAACUGGCACCUCUUACAUGCGGCCACAAAGAUUCAGGCGUUACACAGCCGGCCAAAAACCUUGACGCUCUGAUGCCUGAGGGGCUCUUCCUGCUGCCCAGAUGUUGGCCCUCAAGCUAGUUCUCCCACUGCUUCCUUCCAUGAACGCCACCUCACUACCCAUCAUAUUUUUUUCCUCUUGUCUCUUCUCUUGCAGGUGUCACAUGGGGAACCUUCUUAAAGUGUUGACUUAUAACGACCUUGAACAAGGCCCUAAUUUUUUCCUUGACUUUGAACAUGCUCAGCCCACAGAAGCCGAGACAGCUGUGUGGAACCAGGUCAACGCAGUGCUAGAGGAGGCACAGACCAUCCUGGCUGAACUGCAGUCCUACACGGGGGCUGGCCUGGAGAUUAGAGAGGCAAUCCAAAACCCCAAUGACCUCCAGCUACAGGAGAAGGCCUGGAAUGCAGUGUGCCCUCUAGUGGCAAAGCUGAAACGCUUCUAUGAGUUCUCUCUUCGACUGGAGAACGCUCUGCGCAGCUUGCUGGAAGCUCUGACUAGCCCGCCCUAUGCCCCGACUCAGCACCUGGAGAGAGAACAAGCCCUAGCAAAGCAGUUUGCAGAAAUCCUACACUUCACCCUCAGCUUCGACGAGUUCAAGAUGACCAACCCUGCCAUCCAGAACGAUUUUAGCUACUACAGAAGAACCCUCAGCCGAAAUCGCAUUAACAAUUUACAGUUGGAUGCCGAGAGUGAUGUUAACAAUGAAAUGGCCAACAGGAUGUCUCUCUUCUACGCAGAGGCCACGCCUAUGCUUAAAACUCUAAGCAACGCCACAACCAAGUUUGUUUCAGAGAACAAGACCCUCCCCAUUGAGGACACAACUGACUGUCUAAGCACCAUGGCCUGUGUCUGCAGGGUGAUGCUGGAGACGCCGGAAUACAGGAGCCGGUUCACCAACACCGAGACCCUUCUCUUCUGCAUGCGAGUGAUGGUUGGAGUCAUUAUCCUCUACGAUCACGUUCACCCCGUGGGGGCUUUCGCAAAGACCUCCAAAAUCGAUAUGAAAGGAUGCAUCAAAGUCUUGAAAGAUCAGCCUUCAACCAGCACAGAGGGGCUCCUGAACGCACUGAGGUACACCACCCUGCACCUCAACGACGACACCACAUCCAAGCAGAUCCGGGCCCUGCUGCAGUGAGCGCCUCGAGAGCGGUAGGGUGGCGGGGGGGUCUGUCCGGCUGGGGCCUGGAGGCUUCACUUAGAACUGUCAGCGGAAAAUUUUAAAUGUUGCCAUGUUGCUAUAAAUAACCAUGAUCAUAUUCCUCAUUUUGUAAAGAAAGGGAAAAAGUUUUUAAAAAAUAAAAAUACAGAAAUACAAGAACAAACUAAGCAGCCCACAAAGCCACCCUCCCCAACGUGUUUCUCCCCCCGCCCCCCGCCUCCCUCCAAAAAAGAUCAGUGUCCAACUCUGGCAGGCUGUGUGUCACCCACUCUGUGCGUCUCCGUUCCCCCCCCCCCCCCCCAAAUCAGUGGUGCCGUGACAUGCCCAGUUCUUAGCCUGCCUGAGCUUGGGGUGGGGGCUAGGGGAUGGAAGCCCAGGAGCAGGGGGGCGUCCCAUGGUUCCCACAGGGGUACAAUGUAGGGUCACUUUAUCUGGACUACGCCCCCCAAGUGCGAAGGGAGGGGUCCAGGGCGGGGCCAGCACGAAGCCGCCCCUCCUGACAGAUGUAAAUAACGUGCGUGAAUCACUCCAAGGGUCCGGCUGUGACCAUGAUGAUGAUGAUGAAGAAAAAGGGCAUCAUCUUUAAAUCCUCCUGCACUGAGUCCAUUGAAAAUAGCUCGGUGGCACCUUUUAGAUUUUUAAUAUAAAACAAUUAAAAUCCACUCACCUGUUAUUUUGUACAUUUUUGUGUGAAAUAAAAUAACAUUUAAUCUGUUUA